AUGUGGCCCGUGUCCUCCGUGUUGCCAGCUCGUGGAACCCCACCCCCUCCGUAUUCGACUCAGCCACCUGUGAAUGGCAAUGUGUCCGUUCCUCCAUCAAUUUCUGUGGCAUCCAUGGCUGGUGUGGUGGAAGUUGAUUUAGAGCGUCAGGCAGGUUGGCCUGUGGAGGUCACUAACGCUGUGCAGUAUCUAGUGCAGAGAGAUUGGGGAUUGGCUUGGAAGAAUUGUGUGAGGGCCUAUGUACAUUUCGAGCAGGUGUCUGGAUUCCCUGAUGAUGUCGCACAUUUUUCCACCCGCUCACGACCUAUGGAGGUAGGUCGCUGGAUAAGUUACCACUGCAAGCUCGCCGAUUGGCCAAUCAAGUCAGCCUCCGAUUUCGGUCAACAGUGGUGGGUAUGGUGGACAGAAAUACAGCCGGAAGCUCGACUCCUAGACGAACGGUCACGCCCCUUACGCACGGAGGGAGGAGUGGAGUGGGCUGCGCUGACCGAGAAGAGUAGCACGGUAGCCAUUGCCAAUUGGGAUGACGCCGUUGCAGAUGUUGCAUGGACCUUUGAUGAAAUCUCGAAGGCCCCUGGGUUGCAGCGAGAGUGGCCUAGCAGGGGAGAGCCUGCUGAUAGUUCAAACAAGAAGCGCAAGAAUAUUUCGAUGUCCACUGCCGCUGCGAAAAAGCGCUGA